CGCCCACAAGAACAUCAACGAAAAAUAUUUAAAUACCAGUGAAAUGAACGACAGCGUCGAUUUAGUUGAAGUCACGCCUGUCUUUAAACAACAAUCUAAAUCAACAAUAGCGGAGCAACAAGAUGCAAACAUUUCAAAAGCUAAAGACACUGAGUCAAGCCAGAUAACUCAAUUGAAUGAAAAACAAUUGAUAAUGGACAAUUCUAGCAAUGACAUAAUUGAAAUAGGUUCACCAUCUUGUAAGGAUACUGCAGAUGAAAAUCAACCAAAAGAUAUACAAGUUGGAAAAAACUUUAAGGAGACAUUUGCAUUCAUUGAAAAUACGAAAUAUUUUGAUUCAGAAUCUCUUGAAAGGGAUAAUAUGGGAUCAAAAAGCAAACACUCUGCAACACGAAAUUAUUCAUCAUCUUCAGUGUUAGUUAAUCAAAGACAGAAAGGUAAUCCAUUGUUAAAAUUCUUUCAUUAUAUUCCAUGGGAGUUCAGUAAUAUCACUCCAGAUUAUGUUAUGGGUCAGAGAAUAUGUGCUUUAUUUUUAAGUAUUCGUUAUCAUUUGUUCAAUCCCAACUAUAUUCAUGAGAGACUCAAGACUCUAGGAAAGUCCUUUGAAGUUCGUAUUUUACUUGUUCAAGUUGAUGUGAAAGAUCCACAUACAACAUUAAAAGAUUUGACAAAAAUCUCCAUACUUGCUGAUUGCACCUUAAUGUUAGCAUGGAGUGCACAGGAAGCUGCCCGAUACAUAGAAACUUAUAAAAUAUAUGAGAAUAAACCAGCAGAUGCAUUGCAAGGACAAUCUGAUCCAGAUUAUUUGUCUAAAUUGACAGAAUGUCUCGGUACAGUAAAAUCUGUUAACAAGACAGACACUAUCACAUUGUUGUCAACAUUUGAGUCUUUUGAAAAUAUUGUUUCUGCGACUGAAAAUGAGAUCGAACUAUGUCCUGGAUUUGGUCAUCAAAAGGCAAAACGUUUAAAUGAAGCAUUCAAUCUUCCAUUUGUUUUCCUGAAGAAGACAUUAAAUAAAGUCAAGUAAAUGCAAUAUUCAAGAACAAUGUGCAAAUUUAUUUCAUGUAUAUAAACAUUAAUGUGUUUAUACUGUUUGAGAAAAAAAUAAAAAAAUACGCCAUUUGAUAGCAAAGUUUUACUACAUUCCACAUGUGGAAAUGAUUCUGAGCUAUCCUGUUCAA